GAUCAGUCCUGCAGCACCAGAAAUGGUCCCUUGAAGGAAAAGACAUCUGGAGACCCACCAGAUUCCUUGGAGCCAUUUGCAGUUGCUCUGCAGGACAGAGAAAGGAUGGAGACACAACCUUUUGGAAAGGAGGGAAGCAGAAAAGGCCCUUCACCUGCUCAGCCUGGGAGUUGUGUGGAGACCUGGACAAGAACUGGGCAGGAGAUCCUGGAGGAGGAAACUAUCCUCCCUUCAGAAGUUCAGUCCUGGAACUUCAUCCAAUACCAGGAGGCUGAGGGUCCCCGAGGACUUUGCAGCCGACUCCAUGACUUUUGUAGGCGAUGGCUGAGACCAGAAAAGCACACCAAAGCCCAGAUGCUGGACCUGGUGGUUCUGGAGCAGCUCCUCUUCCUUCUGCCCCAGGAGAUGGAGGGUUGGGUGCGGGAGUGUGGAGCAGAGACCAGCUCCCAGGCAGUGUCUGUGGCGGAAGGCUUCCUCCUGAGCCAGGCGGAGGAGCAGAAGGAGCAAGUCGAAUUGCAGUGCUGCACUGUGGAGAUCAGAGAUCCUGAGGGAAAGAAGAAUCGAUCAAAUCCCCCUCAAGACCUAUUUUUCAGGAGGAUCCCUUGGGAAGAUCCAAGUCAACACACAUCAGGAGAGAAACAAAGCAUGAAGUUUUCUGGUUUUUACGAUGGAGCUCAAACAGUGGUUGAGCCGCCAAAUCAAGAGGGUGUUGUGUCCUUUGAAGAGGUGGCUGUAUAUUUCUCUGAGGAGGAAUGGUCUGAGCUGAAUCCUGACCAAAAAGCGCUGCAUUCGGAAGUCAUGCUUGAAAAUCACAGGAACGUGGUCUCUCUGGAUAAUAAUGGGCAGGAGAAUCAAGAUUCCUGUGAACUGUUCCAAGUGAUCAAUCGUAAAGAUGGAAUGGAGAAAUUUCAAAUUCGAAUGGAAUUAGAAAGCCAUGAGAGAAAACAGUCAAAUCGUAGGAAUCAGGAAAGAUCACCUUCUACUGAUGCUCUGAUGAAAGACUUUCUUGCCCAAGAAGAGAAAAUAAGGAAAAAAUAUAUUGGGAAAAGUGUGAAACUAAUCAAAGAUAAAUUACAUGUAAACAAACACCAUUUAACGCAAAACAAAGGAGAAGAUUCUAUAAGACACAACGGAAAAAAUUACAAUGGGACAUUCAUUCAUUCUCUUGGGAAUAACUUCCUUAAAUCUCAAAAAGUGAGCCUCAAAAAGGACCCUUAUAAACGUUUGGAACCAUAUAAAUGCUUGCAGUGUGGUAAAACCUUUACUCGUAGCAAUGGACUUAGAAUCCACAAAAUGAUCCACACAGGAGAGAAACCAUAUAAAUGCACGGAGUGUGGGAAAACCUUUACUCAUAGCAAUGGACUUAGGUACCACAAAAUGAUCCACACAGGGGAGAAGCCGUAUAAAUGCACUGAGUGUGGAAAGACCUUUGCUCAGCGUGGUCGUCUUCUUUCCCAUAAAAUGACUCACACAGGGGAGAAACCAUUUAAAUGCACGCAAUGUGGUAAAACCUUUACUCGUAUCUAUGAACUUAAUAUCCACAAAAAGAGACACACUGGAGAGAAUCCACAUAAAUGCUUGCAGUGUGGGAAAACCUUUACUCGUAGCAAUGGACUUAGAAUCCACAAAAUGAUCCACACAGGAGAGAAACCAUAUAAAUGCACGGAGUGUGGGAAAACCUUUACUCAUAGCAAUGGACUUAGGUACCACAAAAUGAUCCACACAGGAGAGAAGCCGUAUAAAUGCACUGAGUGUGGAAAGACCUUUGCUCAGCGUGGUCGUCUUCUUUCCCAUAAAAUGACUCACACAGGGGAGAAACCGUUUAAAUGCACGCAAUGUGGUAAAACCUUUACUCGUAUCUAUGAACUUAAUAUCCACAAAAAGAGACACACUGGAGAGAAUCCACAUAAAUGCUUGCAGUGUGGGAAAACCUUUACUCGUAGCAAUGGACUUAGAAUCCACAAAAUGAUCCACACAGGAGAGAAACCAUAUAAAUGCACGGAGUGUGGGAAAACCUUUACUCAUAGCAAUGGACUUAGAUACCACAAAAUGAUCCACACAGGGGAGAAGCCGUAUAAAUGCACUGAGUGUGGAAAGACCUUUGCUCACCGUGGUCGUCUUCUUUCCCAUAAAAUGACUCACACAGGGGAGAAACCAUUUAAAUGCAUGCAGUGUGGUAAAACCUUUACUCGUAUCUAUGAACUUAAUAUCCACAAAAAGAGACACACUGGAGAGAAACCACAUAAAUGCAUGCAGUGUGGGAAAACCUUUACUCGUAGCAAUGGACUUAGAAUCCACAAAAUGAUCCACACAGGAGAGAAACCAUAUAAAUGCAUGGAGUGUGGGAAAACCUUUACUCAUAGCAAUGGACUGAGGUACCACAAAAUGAUCCACACAGGGGAGAAGCCGUAUAAAUGCACUGAGUGUGGAAAGACCUUUGCUCAGCGUGGUCAUCUUCUUUCCCAUAAAAUGACUCACACAGGGGAGGAACCAUUUAAAUGCACGCAGUGUGGUAAAACCUUUACUCGUAUCUAUGAACUUAAUAUCCACAAAAAGAGACACACUGGAGAGAAACCACAUAAAUGCAUGCAGUGUGGGAAAACCUUUACUCGUAGCAAUGGACUUAGAAUCCACAAAAUGAUCCACACAGGAGAGAAACCAUAUAAAUGCAUGGAGUGUGGGAAAACCUUUACUCAUAGCAAUGGACUUAGGUACCACAAAAUGAUCCACACAGGGGAGAAGCCGUAUAAAUGCACUGAGUGUGGAAAGACCUUUGCUCAGCGUGGUCAUCUUCUUUCCCAUAAAAUGACUCACACAGGAGAGAAACCAUUUAAAUGCACACAGUGUGGUAAAACCUUUACUCGUAUCUAUGAACUUAAUAUCCACAAAAAGAGACACACUGGAGAGAAACCACAUAAAUGCAUGCAGUGUGGAAAAACCUUUACUCGUAGCAAUGAACUUACUAUCCACAAAAAGAUCCACACAGGGGAAAAGCCAUUUAAAUGCAUGGAGUGUGGAAAGACCUUUGCUCUCAGCAAUGUACUUAAAAACCACAAAAGGAUCCACAUUGCAGAGAAACCAUAUAAAUGCACUGAGUGUGGAAAGACCUUUGCUCUGAGCAAUAGACUUACUAUCCAUAAAAUGAUCCACACAGGUGAAAAGCCAUUUAAAUGCAUGGAGUGUGGAAAGACCUUUGCUCAACAUUGUCAUCUUAUUUCCCAUAAAAUAAUCCACACAGGCGAGAAGCCGUAUAAAUGCAUGGAGUGUGGAAAGACCUUUGCUCAUAGAAGUAAACUUAAUUCCCAUAAGAUUGUCCACACAGGGGAGAAGCCAUAUAAAUGCAUGGAGUGUGGAAAGUCCUUUGCUCAAAGUAGGAAUCUUAUUUCUCAUAAGACGAUCCACACAAGGGAGAAGCCAUUUAAAUGCAUGGAGUGUGGAAAGACCUUUGCUCAACGCCGUUAUCUUGCUUCCCAUAAAAAGAUCCAUUCAAAAGAGAAACCAUUUAAAUGCAUGGAGUGUGGAAAGACGUUUACUAAGAGCAAUACUCUUACUUCUCAUAACAGAAUCCACACAGGAGAGAAGCCAUAUAAAUGCAUGGAAUGUGGAAAGACCUUUGCUCAGAAUGGUAAUCUUACUUCUCAUAAAAAGAUCCACGCUCGGGAGAAAGUAUAUAGCAAUAACAAUUCCACUUUAAACUUAUCUACCACUCCACAAAGCUUUAUAGGAGUCUUUGAGCAGUUUACAAAGUCAGCAUAUUGUCCCCAGAAAUCUGGGUCCUCAUUUUACCGACCUGACAAAGAUUAAAGGCUGAAUCAAGCAUGAGCCGGUCAGAUCGAACUCCUGGCUGUGGGCAAUUAACUUAUAGUACUGCAUUCUAACCUCUGACUCACCAUGUGUAUAGAUUUUUAUGUGUAUGCAUAUUGUGCCUUUCUGAUCCAAAUGAUUCAAGAUUCAAUCGAACAAAGUGAAAUUUAAUGUGGAGAAAAGUAAAGUUUUGCACCUGGGUGGGAAAAACAGAGUACAUGAAAUCUGGCUCAAAAACAGUAACUGUGAGAGGGACCUGGGAAAUCCAAAUGGAUGAACACUUGAAUGUGAGUCACCUGUGUGCGGCAGCAGCCAAAAAAGCUAAUGCAAUCCUUGGUUGUAUAAACAGAGACAUAGAAUCAAAAUCUCAUGAAGUAUUAGUACCACUUUAUAAAGCCUUAGGAAGACCACACUUGGGAUACUGCAUCCAGUUUUGGACAUUACAUUACAAAAAAGAUGUUUAAUCUUUAGAAAAAGUGUAAAGAAAAGCAGCUAAGAUGAUUAAGGGCCUGAAGACUAAAACAUAUGAAGAAUUGUUGCAGGAUUUUGAUUUGACUAUUCUAGAGAAAAGAGGGAUUAGGAGUGACGUAAUAGCAGUAUUCCAGGACUUGAGAGGCUUCCACAAAGAGGAGGGGGUCAAUUUAUUUUCCAAAGCACCAGUUCCCUUCCAGCUCCUGAUUCUGAUUCUGAAUCCUCAAUUUUUUCUUGUGCUUUUUUGCUAAGUAGGAGGUUUUAAAGCAAACACGAGCAUCAGUGGAGAUUAAGAUUAUCAUUUGGCCUGAAAGUGAUGUGCGGCUGCCAAUAUUUAAGUGGUGGAGAUUCCCCAAUCAUUUCAAGAAGCUCCCUCUGAUGAGCAUUUCCACUAGAAAUACUCAUCAGAGUAUUCUGCAGGCAGAAAUGCAGAGGUCCUGAAUCCCUUACUAUUGUUUCGGCUUUUCUUACUUUGCUUCAUAUUGUCAAAAUCUGCCUUUCCACCCGCUUCACAUUAUGUAAUGCAAGUGAUAAUUGAGAAACAAAAACAUAAGGAGAACUGGGUUAUAGUGAGGCUGAAUUAGAAAAUGGAACUCAUAGGUUCUUUGUCCUAAUUUUGUGGUGAUCUUUCUUGCCUUCCCUCAUGUUGCCCAUCUCUGGACACAUGCAAUAUUAUCAAUACCUUUUUAAAGUGAGGUCUCCUGAACUGGACACAGUAUUCAAAUUGGGGACUGACUAAAGCCCUAUGUAGCAGGUUAGGACUUUCUCUUUUGUUGUUUGCAAUACAUCUGGUGAGGCAUUUGAGAAUUUUGUUUGCCUUCACAGAGUUGUGUAAAAAAAGUGCUGCUUGAACUCAGAUAGUUCUAGCAUUCUGGAAAUAUGCAUACCUUUGUGUCUGUUCCGAGCUUUGUCCAACAUGGAGCAUUAAAGCAAGUAGCUUUUUUUUAAAGUUUUUUUUUUUAAUAAAAAUGUCAAAUCAA